CAUAAUUCACAGAGACAAACAAAAAGCCUGGUUGCCUCUUAAUAUCAAGUGAUAAAUAACUGCAAUAAUUAUCUUGAGACAUUUUUGAGACAUAGUUGUUAUACUCCUGCGCAUUUCAAAUUCACUGUUUCACAUACUCAGCGUAAAUGUACUGAGCUGUUGUAAGGAUGUGUUCUCAUAGAGACCCACGAGGAGCAUGUCACUGAUCCUGUUUGCCUUUGUGGUCCGGUUCAGGGAUGGACUCCCUCUCUCCGCCUCCACUGAUUUCCUGCAUAACAAGGAACUUCAGGAGAGAAAGCAACAGCUAAAAGUGAUCUCAAAAUCCCUGAGUUCAUUACCAGAGAGAGGGACAGUCAAGGGCCAUGAGCUCAACAUUCACUUCCUCUCAUCCGAGGGUGUGUCCUACAUGACCGUAUGUGCAUGCAGUCUCCCUGCUGCCUCGGCCUUCUGCUUCUUGGAAGACUUGCGCUGGGAAUUCACAGCAUGCUUUGACAACUCUGCAGUGGCCCUGGCAAGCAGGCCAUACCCAUUUCUGGAGUUUGGUAGGAUAACAGAUAGAAAUAGUGCCAUUCAAAAACUUCAGCAGCAUUAUAACCAGAAAGGGGGUCCAUCUCUGGAGGUCACCCUGGCUGAGGUUUGGGAAGACCUCAGGACCAGCCCCCCUCAGGUUCUCACCAUGGAGGACGUGGCGCUCACCAAUGGAGCAGCCAAUGGGCAUGUAGAACAAACAGCAGCAUCAGGUCAAAGUCAGAGAUUGGAACCAGUCUCAGCACCAGGGAUCCUCUCACUGAUUCUUAACAUCAUGUGUGCUGCCCUCAACCUUAUACGUGGUGUCCAUCUUAUUGAAUACACCUUCCAGGAUGAUUAUGAUGGUUUGUGGAAUGUGGUGGCGUUUCUUUUGGCAUUUCUCUGCUGUGUUUGCCAGUCUCAUCUGUACUUGUUCCAUACCUGCCAGAAGAAGCUGAAAUCCUUUACUCUCCUGACUAUCAUCAUCUUAUGCAAUGCUUUUCUCUUUGGUCUGAGGAACAUCUGGCAGCUGGCCUUCCACAUGUCCAUGGCCUGCCUCUCCACGCUGCUCACCCUCCACCGCAAACUGCUGGACAGAAACAUGGACUGUGGAGUAUGAGGACUUCAGCUGGCUGUGGACAACAGUAGGGCGAGAGACCAAAAAAUGGACGAGGCUUGGACGUGAUGGCUCACGAAAACUGACAUUGGUUUUUGCUUUAGCUUUUGCUUUGAUCUAAUGUUAUGAUCAAGUGAUUAUUUUAUCUCACAUGGAUAGUGAGUGCAAUGGUUUUUCUACAGG